AUGUCUACCGAAGCUGACAAGCCCGCUCCCGUCGAGGGAGAUGCUGCUAAGGUCCCUGCACCUUCCGCUGCCGAACCUGGAAAAGCACCCGAGCCUGAAAAGCCCGUCGAAGCUGAAAAGGCCUCCGAACCUAAAAAAGCUCCUGACGCUGACUCGUCAGCCGACAAUGCGGACAAGGGCGACGGCUGGCAGACGGUGACGUCACGCGAGAGACGAGAUGGCAACAGGGGGCAUUGGAGGGGACGAGGCCGCGGAGGCAGGGAUUCGCACCACCAUCACGGAGGUGGUAACCACCACGGCGGAAAUCGCAAUGCAGGUGGUUACAGACGUUCGCACGGCCAUGGAGGAGGAUCCGGCGCACCCGGAGGCUCCGUCGACAAAUCGGGCGGUGCAGGUAGAGGCGGUGUUGCCGGCAAAGGCGGCGCGGUCGCCGCCGCCAAAUCCGGCGGCGCAGCUGGUGCUGCUGCUGCGGCAGCUCCCCCUGCUGGAGCUGCUUCGGCGGACGGCAACGCCGCUGCCGGAGCAGCCGGAGCUUCUGGCGCAACGGAAGGCGCAGCGAAGGCCGGGGAUGGCGGAGAUGGCGGAAGCGCGACGGCUGGCGCAGCGGGUCAGAAAGCCGGAAGUGAUUCCAACGAGGGGAAAUGCGCAAGCGGAGGGGGCGCAGGAGGGGGUGCGCAGGGGCACGGGCACGGACAUGCGCACGGGCAUGGGCAUGGGCAUGGGCACGGCAAGGGCUCGGUGUGGCAGGUUAAGGGGAAGCCUGGAAAAGGGGUAUGGGCGCAGGUGGUUAAGAGUGAGCCAGGCAAGGCUCGGACGCACCCCGGGCCUGAUGAGGGGUUAGCGUCGCUCGUGCGAGGUUCGGACGCAGCUGGAGACGCGCCGGCGAGUGCCGAGCCUGCGAAGCAGGCUGGGGGAAAGGCUGGUGGAGCGGAUGCCAAGCCGGGAUCGGAAUCAGCGAAACAGGGUGGGGGGAGGGGCGGGAAUGCAGGCUCGGGGGGGCAGAAGGGUGGCGGAGGGAGGGGGGAAGGGGGAGGGAAGGGAGGCAAGGGCGGCAAGGCAUGGCAUAAGGAUAAGGACAAAAAGGAGGAGAAGAAGGAGGAGAAGAGAGAUGAGAAGGAGGACACUGAGAAGAAUAAGGAGAAGGAGAAGGAGAAGGGGAGCGAGGACAAGGAGAGUGCUAGUGGCGGUGCGAAGGAGGGCGGGGAUGGUAAGGGCUCGAAAGGAGGGGGACACGGAAAGAAGGACGGGAAGUCGGAUCAGAAAGAGCAGAAGGAUCAGAAAGAGGGGAAAGAGCCUAAGGAGCACAAGCCGCCGAAGCAGGCGUGGCGCAAGCACAACAGGGACGGCGAGAAGGGUGGGGCGGCGGCGGCCGCGGCGGUGGUGAUGGGCGCCGGCGCGACAGCGUGGCCUGCGCUUUCCGAGGCGGACGCUGCUGCUGCGCGCGCGGCGGAAAACGGCAAGGGCGCGGGCGGAGAUGAUAAGGCAAAGCCUGCUGCUGGUCUCGCUAUAAUCGCAAACGAAGGCGACAAAUCGUCUGCUGCCACGUCAGACAAGCAGAGCGGCGCAGCGGCGGUCAUAGCAGCAGACGCAGCCAGAAAGGCUGGCGCUGCUGACGUGGCAGUUGGGAGCGUCCGCGAGCUGGCUGGGGGGCAGUACAAGCGGGGGGGACAUCAGGGGGGCGCGGGGGCGCACCAUAGCGGAAGGGGGGGAGGCGUGGGCGGAGGGGGAUACCAGAGGCGCGCGCAUGUGGGCCCCGCACAGGGGGGGAACGGCGAGGGGAAGCCUCAGGGCGGCGCUGGGCGCGGGCAGGGGGGGCAGCAGGGGCAGGCGCAGCAGCGGAAGCAGCAGCCUGGGGGACAGGCGCAGCAGCAGCAGCCGCAGGGGCAGCAGGGACAGGCGCAGGGGCAGGGGCAGACGCAGGGGCAGGCGCAGGGGCAGGGGCAGAAGCAGCACGGGCAGGGAGGGCAUGGGGGGAUGGGGGGGGGCGGGCGCGGGGGGCAUAUGCGCGGGCAGGGGCGGGUGGUGGUGGUGGCGGACGAUCCCCCGCUGACGGAGUUCGUGGCUGCUGGCCCCAGGAGGUCCGCUGCUGCCAUGGCCAAUGGCAUGGGCGGCAGCUAUGGCUACCCCAUGGUCGUGGGAGCCAACGGUCCCUACUACAUGCAAUACCGCAUGCCGCCUGUCCCAGUCGACCCAAUGUCGGGCCUCCGUACGGCGCUCACGAAGCAGAUCGAGUACUACUUCAGCAUUGAGAAUCUGUGCCGCGACCUCUUCCUUCGCUCCAAGAUGGACGCCGAAGGGUUCAUUCACGUGGACGUUAUUGCGGCCUUCAAUCGGGUGCGCAUGCUCACACUUGACAAGGCCUUCAUUCUCACCUGCCUUGCCAACUCCACUUCAGUUGAAGUGCAGGGCGAGAAGCUGAGGCGGCGGAAUGACUGGAGCAACUGGCUGCUUCCCACGGGGCACAUGCAGGCUGUGGUUCCGCACUCAGAGGCCGCAGGAGAGGGGGGAGAGGGAGGGAAUAAGGGAGGAGAGCAAGGCGAGGGGGAGAAGGAGGCUGAUGGAACCAUUGCUGAUAAAGCUGCUGCUGCUGCAGAUGGGGAGGCGGAUGAUGAAGGGGAGGAGGGGGGAGGGCAGCGGGCGAAUCGCGAGGGCACUCCGGCAAGGAGCGUCGGGAAGCGGCGCGGCAGCAGCGUGAAACGAGUCUCUUCGGGACGCUACUCAGCAAGCAAGUCUGGGGGCCUUUCGGCUGCGUUUGCCGCCGAAGCUGCAGGUUCGGGGGGCCGAACCGAGGGGCUAGGCUCGCUGCCGGGCCUGGCUGGGAAGGUGGCCGCGGCGAUUGAGGAGGCUGGGAAGGGGGCUGAGGGGGGGAAGAGUAAGGAGGAGAGGGAGAGGGAGAAGGGGAAGCGGGCGGCAGAGGAGAGUGAGGCGCUGACUGAAGCGAGUGAAGCGGAGGAUACGUUUCAGUUUAGCGGGGACGAGGUUGGGGAGGGGAAGAAGCGGGCGAGCAAGCCCAGGAGGAAGCAGCGUGCCAGAGGCGCUCGGGGCAGGGCGGUGCGCUUCAGCAGCAGCGGCAUGGGGAGGGGGUGUGAGGCGCAGCCAGGGCAAAGGCGCCCGGGCCAGGGCGGUGCGCUUCAGCAGCAGCAGCGUGGCGGUGUGAGGCGCAAGCAGGGCAGGGAGAUGCAAUCGCCUAUGCUCACUUGUGCUUCAUUGCUCCCACCCUUCCCCUCCCCUCCCCUCGUUCCCUGCCUACCCCAGAGGCGUCCGGGCCAGGGCGGUGCGCUUCAGCAGCAGCAGCGUGGCGGUGUGAGGCGCAGCCAGGGCAGGGAGGACGGGGCGAGUGGCAGCAGCUAUGAGGGCGGGUCUUCCCUGGUGAGAUUGCCAGAUGCUUGCUGUGUGGGAAAGGGGAGAGUGAGUGAGUGCGAGGGAUUAACAUUAGCAGCCAGGGCAGGGAGGACGGGGCGAGUGGUAGCAGCUAUGAGGGCGGGUCUUCCCUGCCAGGGCAGGGAGGACGGGGCGAGUGGCAGCAGCUACGAGGGGCAACCAGGGCGGGGAGGAGGAAGGGUGAGUUCUUCCCAUCUCCACCACAACUCACCACACGGCACACGCCACCACGCGCUCCCUCCGUUUUUCACCCUCCCCCCUCCCUUUUCCCGCUCCACCCUCCCCCCUCCCGUUUUCCGCCAUUCCUUUCUUUUCUCCCCCCCCUCUUCCCCCCGCUCUCUCCCAUGUCUCUCCUCCCCCAUCUCUCCUCCCCCAUCUCUCCUCCCCCAUCUCUCCUCCCCCAUCUCUCCUCCCCCAUCUCUCCUCCCCAUCUCUCCUCCCCAUCUCUCCUCCCCCAUCUCUCCUCCCCAUCUCUCCUCCCCAUCUCUCCUCCCCCAUCUCUCCUCCCCCAUCUCUCCUCCCCCAUCUCUCCUCCCCCAUCUCUCCUCCCCCAUCUCUCCUCCCCCAUCUCUCCUCCCCCAUCUCUCCUCCCCCAUCUCUCCUCCCCAUCUCUCCUCCCCCAUCUCUCCUCCCCCAUCUCUCCUCCCCCAUCUCUCCUCCCCCAUCUCUCCUCCCCCAUCUCUCCUCCCCCAUCUCUCCUCCCCCAUCUCUCCUCCCCCAUCUCUCCUCCCCCAUCUCUCCUCCCCCAUCUCUCCUCCCCCAUCUCUCCUCCCCCAUCUCUCCUCCCCCAUCUCUCCUCCCCCAUCUCUCCUCCCCCAUCUCUCCUCCCCCAUCUCUCCUCCCCCAUCUCUCCUCCCCCAUCUCUCUCCCCCAUCUCUCCUCCCCAUCUCUCCUCCCCAUCUCUCCUCCCCCAUCUCUCCUCCCCCAUCUCUCCUCCCAUCUCUCCUCCCCCAUCUCUCCUCCCCCAUCUCUCCUCCCCCAUCUCUCCUCCCCAUCUCUCCUCCCCCAUCUCUCCUCCCCAUCUCUCCUCCCCAUCUCUCCUCCCCCAUCUCUCCUCCCCCAUCUCUCCUCCCCAUCUCUCCUCCCCCAUCUCUCCUCCCCAUCUCUCCUCCCCCAUCUCUCCUCCCCAUCUCUCCUCCCCAUCUCUCCUCCCCCAUCUCUCCUCCCCCAUCUCUCCUCCCCCAUCUCUCCUCCCCCAUCUCUCUCCCCAUCUCUCCCCAUCUCUCCUCCCCAUCUCUCCUCCCCCAUCUCUCCUCCCCCAUCUCUCCUCCCCCAUCUCUCCUCCCCCAUCUCUCCUCCCCCAUCUCUCCUCCCCCAUCUCUCCUCCCCCAUCUCUCCUCCCCCAUCUCUCCUCCCCCAUCUCUCCUCCCCCAUCUCUCCUCCCCAUCUCUCCUCCCCAUCUCUCCUCCCCCAUCUCUCCUCCCCCAUCUCUCCUCCCCCAUCUCUCCUCCCCCAUCUCUCCUCCCCAUCUCUCCUCCCCCAUCUCUCCUCCCCAUCUCUCCUCCCCCAUCUCUCCUCCCCAUCUCUCCUCCCCCAUCUCUCCUCCCCCAUCUCUCCUCCCCCAUCUCUCCUCCCCCAUCUCUCCUCCCCCAUCUCUCCUCCCCCAUCUCUCCUCCCCCAUCUCUCCUCCCCCAUCUCUCCUCCCCCAUCUCUGCGCUCCCAUCUCUCCUCCCCCAUCUCUCCUCCCCCAUCUCUCCUCCCCCAUCUCUCCUCCCCAUCUCUCCUCCCCCAUCUCUCCUCCCCCAUCUCUCCUCCGCCAUCUCUCCUCCCCCAUCUCUCCUCCCCCAUCUCUCCUCCCCCAUCUCUCCUCCCCCAUCUCUCCUCCCCCAUCUCUCCUCCCCCCAUCUCUCCUCCCCCAUCUCUCCUCCCCCAUCUCUCCUCCCCCAUCUCUCCUCCCCCAUCUCUCCUCCCCCAUCUCUCCUCCCCCAUCUCUCCUCCCCCAUCUCCCCCACAGGGUCCCAACUACCGCGCCAGCAGGCUGUCUGCAGAGAAGGGCGAGCAGUCAGGGACGGACGGGGAGUGGCCUGGCAGGUUCCACGUGGGCAGUCAGGGCAGCACUGGCAGCCCAGACAACUUCAGCUCGCACGUCGCUCGCGGCCCCAUAGCCCGCCACCCCCAGCAGCAGCAGCAGCGUGCCUCCUGGACCCCUGGGAUCGCCCACAUGACUCACCCACCCCACCCAUCACCCGCCCCCACUUCCCUCCUCCAGGUUCCACGCCGGGGAUGGGGGGGCUGCCUCCGAAUGCGGUGGAGUUGGGGGGCAGCAGUUGGAGGAGCACCAGCAGCUUCGGGUCGCCACAGCUCAUGGCGUUCUAUUUCGGGGCCACCCCCCCCGGCUCCUACAGUGGCUCGGCUGCGUCCUCCCUCUCUAGCUCCUGGGGCAUGCCUGCUGGGCUGGCGAUGCUUCACCAGCAGCAGCAGCAGGGGGAGAAGAAGGAGAAGGAGAAGGGGGAGGAAGCGGCAGGGAAACAGGCAGGGGACGCAAAGGAAGGCGAGAAGAAAGACGGCGAGAAGGAGGCAGAUGCAGGGAAGGAGGGUGUGAAAGAGAAGGACCAGAAGCGGGGCAAGGGGGGGGGACUCCUAAGCCCUCCCAAGGGCGUCACUCCCCUCCCCUUCGCCCCUGGGUCUGCCCCUACGGGCAGUAUGAUGCAUAUGGCGGCAGCGGGAGGGCGGCACAGGGACAGGGGGAGGGGAGUGGUGGGGUCGGUUGGAGGGAAGGGGGGAGCGGGGCUGCUGUCGGCUAGUCUGGGGUCUGGAGGGCAGCAGCACCAGCACGUCAGCCACGCGCUGCUGGAGGAGAAUGGGUUCAAGCAGCAGAAGUAUUCCUCCUUCUACAAGAGGUGUCUCAAGGAGCGCAAGAAGCUGGGCAGCGGCCGCUCUGAGGAGAUGAAUACUUUGUUCCGCUUCUGGUGCUACUUCCUGCGCAAGAACUUCAACCAGCAGAUGUACGAUGACUUUAAGAGGCUCGCCUCUGAGGACGCGGCUUCCAAGUACUAUUACGGCAUGGAAUGCCUCUUCCGCUUCUACAGCUACGGGCUGGAGUCCAAGUUCGAGGAGCCCAUGUAUGUCGACUUCGAGCAGCUGGCUCUGGACAUGUACCAGCGGGACGGGAACCUUUAUGGGCUCGAAAAGUACUGGGCAUACCACUUUUAUCGCAAGGACAAGGACACGCGGGAGGUGAAGAAGCACCCUGAGCUCGAGAAGAUUCUCAGCGAGAAGUUCCGAACCAUGGCUGACUUUAGGGCCGCCAAGGAUGCUCAGAAACGCGCCCUGGCUGAAGCCCAGGCCAAGGCGAAGGGGGAGAAAGCGGGUGGGGAGACGGGGAAGGAGGAGAAGGUGGAGGGAGGGAAGCAGGGGAAGAAAGAGGGGGAGGAGGGAGGGGAGGGGAAGAAGGGAGAGGGGGAAGGCGCUGCUGCUGCAGAGGCAGGAGGUGGGGCCGUGGAGGGAGGAGCAAAGGGGGAGGACGGAGGGAAAGAGGGAGGUGUAGCAGAUACGGCAGAGGACAGCGGAGCAGCAGCAGCAGCAGCAGCAGAGUCAACAACAUAG